AUGGAACCUGCACCGCCGUUCAAAACAACCGCUGUUAUAAACGGAGAAUUUCACGAAUUAUCUUUAAAAGAUUAUAAAGGCCAAUACGUCGUUUUAAUUUUUUAUCCCUUUGACUUCUCCAUCAAGUACCCAGGAGAGUUGGCGUCUUAUUCCGAACAUGUUGAUGAUUUUAAGAAACAUAAUAGUCAACUCUUGGUAUGUUCAACAGAUGGUCCUUACACCCACUUAGCUUUAAUAAAUACUUAUGAUGAUGAAAGCAAUCUUGGUCCCAUUAAAAUGCCAAUGUUAGCCGAUAGAAAUCACGAAAUAUCUCGAUGUUACGGCGUGUUAGAUGAAAAAACAGGAAACGCAUUGAGAGCGUUAUUUAUUAUUGAUUCAAAAGGAAUUUUAAGGUAUUUAACAAUCAACGAUCCACGAUUUAAUACAUCAAUUAAAGAUAUAUUAGAAUUAAUUAACGCCUUUAAACAAUUGGAUAAGAACGAUGACCAAACUAUACCCAAAAACGCAAAAAAUCCACCUAAGAAACUAAAAGGUGUUGAAAAACCAUCUGAUUCAAGAGUGGAACGACAAAAAGUACGACAAGAAGUACAAAAAAUUACAAUCGAUCAAAAAAGGAAUUCAAAACCUGACUGUUGUUAUAAUAAAACCGAAGUUGAAGAAAAACCCAAACCCGCCACAAAAUCAAAAGCAGAACAAGUGGAAUCUAUUUGUUCCAAUCCUAGUAAGUGUCAAGAAUGCAAAGUUCAUGGAUACGCUUAUUUGUAG